AUGGCCCGAAUCAUCAUCGUGACUGGCGCAUCCCGAGGAAUCGGGCAUGCUAUCUGCUGCCGCCUCCUGUCAAACCCGACAUGCAAUGUCUUUGCAGUAGCUCGGUCCCCAGAGCCCCUGCAGAAACUCCAAUCGGCUCAUCCAGACCGUAUGCAGUACCUCUGCGGCGACCUUGCCGACCCGGCUUUCGGCACGGUCGUAGUUACGCGCUGUCUAGCUGCCUUUGGUCACAUCAACGGAGUUGCCGUCAACCAUGCCAUUAUCGAGCCCGUUGGAGUGGCUGGCGAGAUCGAGGUGGCAGACUGGAUGGCUGCCUUCAACGUCAACUUCUUCGGGUCAGUAGGUCUGAUCAAUGCCGCACUCCCCGCGCUACGGGAAUCUCACGGGCAAGUCAUAAUCACCCAGUCUCAUUCCAUCCACCGCUACUAUCGCGGCUGGGGUCCCUACGGCGCCUCCAAGGCAGCGUUGCAUCACUAUGUUGGCACGUUGACUCUAGAAGAGCCACUGGUCAACGUGCUGGAAAUCGUUCCCGGAAUGGUCGACACCGACAUGUCGAAGCGAGUGCGCGAGCAAUACGGCCCGGCAAUGGAUGCCGAGGAUCACCAGUCUCUCGUCACACUAUACGAGACGGCGCAGAUGGUUAAGCCUGAGCAGCCAGGCGCAGUCAUUGCCGAAUUGGCCUUGAGGGCACCCGCGACGCUUCGCGGCAAGUUUCUUGAGUGA